AUGCUAAGCUGUUAUUCUCCCACUUUAUCCUAUUCAACGACUCAGGGCAUCCAGGGCGUCACCUAUCCGUCUACUUUUACCUUUACCACGAGCUCGCCCACCGUACCACAGUAUGACACAGGGAUGUCGUAUGUACCAUGGCAAAACACCACAUCAGCUACUAAUCCAUAUACAGCCCCUCCUCAAACACCGCAGACACAGACAGCACCACCACCUACACAAGCAUAUACCCCCUACCCACCAGAAACUCCGCAAACACAGACAGCGCCACCACCACCACCACCUACGCAAGGAUAUACCACCUAUCCUCCGCAAACUACCCCAAGUCCGGGUUAUGGCGCUGGUGGUCCCGCCUAUGCCACAGGAGGUGGCGCAUACCCAGCAGGUUCAGACUACACUCCUUCUCCUGCAAAUAUUGUCUACGAUGAUGUUAAUCCAAGUCAGCAGCUUGCCCAGGAGCUUUGCAACAUCACCCCAGAACAAUGGCGCACUGGACAAUUGGGUGAUUUGAGUAAUUGCCUGCACAAUUAUACCGUGGAUGUGUUCAUAAAGACUGAAGGGGUGAGUUUAUAUGUUUAGAA